GAUUAUUUCAAAAGUGAAAUAUGUUUUGUGUACAUUUGAGAGUUCUAGCAUUGAAUUCACCCGUAUCAAUGCGUUGACUUAUUCACAUGACUCUGAGAACGCCUUGUUCACAUUCCCUUGGGAUGGAUGUUGUCUGAUUUGUACGCAAAUAGGGAAAGAUUGUAAAUGAUACAGAAGAUACCGAGGAGCAGAUAACAAAUAGAGCACAAAGUGUACAAUGUAGUAUAUUGAAUUAAGAAUUGUCAGCACAGUAAAACAAACCAAAAAUGGUUUUUGCUGAGUUAAGUCGCACAACUGUUGCCUUCAUGGCUACAAGUAUUGCUUCCAGUGCCAUGCAUCAAGUGUUUAACUUUUACUACGUGAAGGUAUUCUUGGAUAGAUAUCACAUCUCAGAGCCAUGGUUCCAGUCUGCUCAAGUGAUUUACAUGGUCUGGAAUGCUGUGAAUGACCCACUGUUUGGUUACCUACAGGACAAUGCACAUUGGGCAUGUGUAAAGAGUAGACGUCAUGCAAUAUUGUAUGGUGGUCCUAUAUGGGCACUUGCCUUUCUGAUUCCAUGGUUCCCAUGGGUCGAGUAUGAACACGGGAGUUGGCUUUGUGCUCUACACUUAAUUUUAGCACUGAGUUUCUAUGAUGCAAUGUUCACAUUUGUACUUCUAGCACAAGCUUGUUUAUUUACAGAGAUAUCAUCUAACUUUAAAAAACGUGUUGGUUUGAUGCAAUGUGCUCAAAUAGGCCAACUCAUAGGAUCUGUUUCAGUAUUCAUAUGUGAAUGGACAUCUCAUAAUUUAACUGACUAUACAGCUUUCCAGUGGACGUGUUUAUUUAUUGCCUGUAUCGCAGGGCUAUUGUUGGUAUUCACAGGGAAAAAUGCACACACCCAAUAUGAUCUCAACCAAACUGCGCUUAAACCCAAAAUAACAGUUGACAGCCACACGACUCCUAUGUCAUUGGAAGUUGAGGUGCAAGCAAACAGCGAAUUUAUGGACAGGUCCAGUAAGCAAUCAGUAUGGAGUUUGACAUGGCAGAUUUUAUUACAGAAGAAUUUCCUUAUAUUUGUACUGAUAAAUCUUGGUCAGGAAUUUCAUCGAACAUUUUGCUCUAAUUUCCGAGGAAUAAUUAUGGACCACCUAAUUCCUGCAGGUACCAUUGAGGGGACGACAAGAAGUGUGCUAUAUGGUUCAUUAAUGUUCCUACCCCCAAUUCUAAAUAUCAUGGGUGGUCAGGUAGUAACACGUAUUGGAGCAUACAAAGUGUACAGAAUGGCAUUCAUUGUGAAGAUAGGCCUUGGAAGUGUGAUGUUUCUUAUUGGCAAUACUUGGAUGUCCCUGCUUUUGGCAUUCCUUAUUAUUGACAGUGUAUUGACUAGCAGUGUAACGAGUCUGAUGGGCAUUUGUCUGAGUGACAUCAUAGAUGAUGAUAUGGCAGUAAAUAAAAGAAAGCACCCAAUGUCUUCAAUGGUGUUUGGAACAAAUGCUUUAAUAACAAAGCCAGGGCAAUCUCUGGCUCCGAUGAUGACAGUGUGGAUCCUGAACAUGUAUGGGUACAGUGAACUAAACAAAGAGAAAGCCAUGGACAGCAUCUCACCUGUUGACCUGGAAGGACUACACGGUGUAAUGUUUAACUUGGUGUGCUUUGUGCCUGUCAUAAUUGGGAUGCUACAGUUGUCUAUAUGGUCGAUGUAUGGCCUGAAGCGGACACAUGAGCCUUCUAUUAUUCCUAAACAUAUAGAUACAUAGCACUCAUUUUUCUCACCAGCAUUCCUCUAAACUUGGACCUCGGUUUUGAUAAAAUAUGUCGGUGGUUUUUCCAGAAUUGGAUUAACUGAGUUCUGUACCCUGUAAAAACCUAAAAAAUAUAUGCCAACCUGUUGGAAAUCUGUUUGAACUCUGUCAAA